UGCGAGCGCUUCUGCUGCUCCUUCUCGCUCGCCCUCUCUCGUGCUCGCCCACCACGCACACCCGAGAAUAACAACAACGAAAACAAAAAGAGAUACAGUAAAGCCAGAUAAACGGACGACCAGAAACCAAACCGAACUUUUGCCAAAGUGCAGUUUUAUUUAAUCAGUGUGCAAAGACGCGUUGUUUGGUUAACGCCGGCCGACGGCACUGCGAAAGAAACCACACACACAUCACUUUUUUUUUUUUGCAAAUCCUACGCGAGUGUUCACCGCCCCCCUUUCGCCCCAUCACGAAUAUCCCUUCUACAUACAGAAAUUGUGCAUCAAUAGACCUAGUUCAUGGCCUAAACUAAAGACCAUAAUGGUUUUGGAGACCUCCGAGGGCGACACCAAAAAGUUCCUGACCAACAACAACAACAACAACAACAACUCAAGUGCCAGCCGAAAUCACAACAACAACAACAACAAUCUUAGUCCCAAGGAAAUUCCGGAGGAGACUGGCCGGAGCAGUAGUAGUAGUUCUAGCAAUACCAGUGCCCACCGUAGUUCCAGUCAUCCUUUGUUAGGUGGCUCUACUAGCAGUUCCACAUCCGUUUCCGGUUGCGGCAUGCCCUCCGAGGGCCUCCAUCCGACGGCCGCCCUUCAGCUCUAUGCCGCCGCCGCUCAGCUUGCCCCCAAUGGCGUACGCGUACCGCCUUGGGGACCCUUCCUGCAGUUCGGCGUACCCGGCGUCUUUGGCCCGAAUGGACCGUUCUUGGGGCGUCCACGUUUCGAUGCCGCCUCCGCUGGUGGACACCCGAAUUCGGCGGCAGCCGCUGCAGCUGCCACACAAAUGGCAGCGGUAAAUGCCAGCAAUGCUUUCGCCAAUCUAACGGGACUGAGUGCGGCGGCUUUGCGGAAUGUUAGUGCGGCCCAAACGACGGCAGUGGCAGCGGUGGCAAGUACAGUGGCCACCAUUCAGCAUCGACUGAUGAUCGGCAACCGGCAAAGUUUGCCGCCGGCGGGACCGCCCAGCGAAGGAUCCAAUGAGGAUGGCGGCUUCCCCGGUGAUGGCGACGACGACAGCAGUGCGGCCAAACGUCGACGGUCCCGCACCAACUUCAACUCCUGGCAACUGGAGGAGCUGGAGAGGGCCUUCUCCGCCAGCCACUAUCCGGACAUCUUCAUGCGGGAAGCCCUGGCCAUGAGGCUGGACCUCAAGGAGUCGAGAGUUGCGGUAUGGUUCCAGAAUCGACGUGCCAAGGUGCGUAAGCGCGAGCACACGAAGAAGGGACCCGGUCGCCCCGCCCACAAUGCCCAGCCGCAGACCUGCAGCGGCGAACCGAUUCCGCCCAACGAGCUCAAGGCCAAAGAGAGAGCCCGUCGCCGAAAGAAGCUGGCCAAGGCCAUUGACCGGCAGGCCCGGAAACUGCAGGCCAAGGGCAUCACCGUGGACCUGGAGGCCCUCAAGGCCGAGUACAUAUCACAGCACAAGGCGAACGGCACCUUCUCGGACUCGGAUCUCGAGGACGAUGGCAUCCAGAUCGACGUGGUGGGCGGUACGGACAGUGAUGACGAAGGCGACAGCGAUGCCGUCAGUCCAGUCCGCCUGGGUGCUGGCGGAGGAGGAGGAGGUGGUGGCGGUGGAGGUGCCACAGGCGGUGCCUCCUCAUCGAUCCAUUGCGGACUGGAUAACGAUGGUGACAGCUCGCGGGCGGGUAGCUUCAUCGGCGGAGGCGGCAGCCUGGGCAGUCCCAGUUCGGUGGCACCACCCUCGAUGCUCUCGAAUGGAGCUGUCCAGUUUGGCAAGCUGGAGCCGAUGGAUGGCAAUGAGUCCGAGGAUCGAGACAGGGAACGCGACUCGCCGAAGCCAUUGCUCUUUCCCGCCAAGGCCUUCCAUCAACUGAACCUGCAGAACAGCCAGCAGCACCACGGUUUGGUGGGUCAGGGUCAGGGCUCGGGGCAUGGAAGCCACCAGCAGCAGCAGCAGCAGCAGCACCACCACCACCACCAGCACCAUCAGCACCAGCACCAUCUACAUCAUGGCAGCAAUGCCUCCGCCUCAGCGGCGGCGGCUGUGGCCAAUCUGGUCCACCAAACAUCGCCGAUCAGCAUGCGCCGGAGCAAUCCCUUCAGCAUCGAGUCGCUGCUGUUCAACAACACGUGAGGCAGCAGCAGACCCGCAAGGAUCCCCCAGAUCCCCCUCAACCUUAAGCUUUUCAACAUCCUAUCCUUGAUUGUCGCGUUCCUAGAAUAUUUUGCUCAACUUUCUUGCUUUACCUUCGACCUACACGAAUUUUAUCUUCGGUUCAGAGCUUGAAUAUUCGCUAAGUGAUUUAUUUAUUGUAUUUUUUUUUAAUAUAUAUAUAUUUUUUGUAUUUUUUUUUUGAUAGAACUGGUUCCCGCGAGAGACUAAAUUAGUGUUGUAAAUGAAUUUAUUAUUUGUACUUCGUAAAUACUUAAAUAUAAAGAACUUUUUUUUAGAGUGGCUGAUGCCCAAAGCAAUGCUUGAAACAUGAAUAAUCUAAUUAUAAAUAUAAUAUUAACGACUAAGGACAUUUUUUUUUCCAAACUGUGUGAAAGGGUAUGUGUCUGUGUGUGUGUGUGUAAAAAUGUAAUUUAAUUUAGCAAAGAAAAGAUGAAAACAAAAAACCGAAAAACCGAAAACAAAUCGAAGGGCAAGGAAAACCACAAGCUAAGUAAGCGCAAUUUUUUUUGUGUCAAUUAAAAAACAAAAAUAAUGAAAAAAAACGAAAAGCAGGCUAGUACAGUAUAUACUAAAAAUAUGAGAAAGAAAAGAUAACAAAAAACACCCACACAAUAUUACUUAUAGAAAGGCAAAGAAAAGCGGCGGAAAACUGUAUUGUAUUUGAAGAGGAAAAACCGAUUGUCAAACAAGAAUAAAAUGCGAAUCUGUAAAGAGAGAAAAACCACAUAAACAACAAAUUACGAUUAUUAUUUAACCCCCUCCCCACUCCAUUUUCAUUUCAAGUCGAGCUUAACCACAAUAAAUAUAACAACAACAACAACAACAGCAAAAAGAAAACUGCGCAAAGGUCCCGAAAACCCUUAACCAAAACCCCCAUUGAGGGGGCGAAUUCAAUAAAUGGCAAUUUAAAUGGCAUCAAAAAUA